AUAUUGUCAAUAAUUGAACUUCUCUCUUCUUCUUCUUCUUCUUCUUCUUCUUCUUCUCCGAUUUCAACUUGAAUCAUUACUUCGAGAGGUAGAGAGAAAGGGAUCGCCUUUUCUCACUCUCUGCGUUCUUUUCAAUUUUGGGCAAAGAAGUUUUAUCGCAUCUGAGUCUUGAAGACCAGAAAAGGAUUUUAUCACAUUGCUGCUUCUCCCUGUUUAUCUGAGUCUGAGGGCAAGAACUUUUGCGGAGGGUUCUUUUCUGCGUAUUAUUCUCCAUGGCAAGUAAUGAGAAUCUGCCACCCAAUGUUAUCAAGCAGCUUGCCAAGGAGCUGAAGAGUCUGGACGAAUCCCCUCCAGAUGGCAUCAAGGUUGUAGUUAAUGAUGAGGAUUUCUCACAAAUAUGUGCUGAUAUUGAAGGACCAGUUGGUACUCCUUAUGAGAACGGACUUUUCCGUAUGAAGUUGGCUUUGUCCCAUGAUUUUCCACAUUCACCGCCUAAAGGCUACUUCAUGACUAAGAUUUUCCAUCCUAAUGUUGCUUCUAAUGGAGAGAUCUGUGUUAAUACGCUUAAAAAGGAUUGGAACCCUAGUCUUGGUUUAAGACAUGUUCUCUCUGUUGUGAGGUGCUUAUUAAUUGAGCCAUUUCCAGAAUCUGCAUUGAAUGAACAGGCUGGCAAGAUGCUACUUGAAAACUAUGACGAAUAUGCGAGGCAUGCUAGGCUUUACACAGGUAUCCAUGCUAAACCAAAACCAAAGUUCAAGACAGGUGCUAUCUCAGAGUCAACGACAGCUCUAAAUGUUGGCCAGACUAACAACGAAACGCCUGGUGCUGCUACUGCAAUACCCUCUUCAAUGACAGACAUAAAAAGAGUAACAACAACUAGUGCCCAAGACCAACUACAUGCGGCUACUGUCGUUGUAGCAGCCACAGCAGGAUCUGCAAGUGUGGUCACUACCACGCAAAAAAGGGAAGCAGGUUUAGCCAAGGUUCAGGCAGAUAAGAAGAAGGUAGAUGCCAGAAAGAAAAGCUUGAAGAGACUAUGAUGAUGCUGUCAACUCAGUGUCUUAUGCUUCUCGAACCUAAACUGUUGUUUCUUUUUUACUUGUAAGAGAUCUGUUGUCUGAGGAUUUCUCAUUCUGGGAAAUAAUAAUGUUUACCAAUGAAGCCGAAUGUUGAACAA